GAGAAAUAAUGGGCGGAUCUAUGGGUAGAAUAAAUGCUCAUCAAAUUCUACUUCAGUGAAUAAUGUUGUUCCUGACCACAUCGAUCGGAAUUAACAUGCCCAAUUGUCAACAGCCUUACCUUGUCUAUCAAGUUUAACUUCAACUAAUGUAUUCGUGGUUCACUGUUCGCCGUCCCUGCUUACUACCUCGUAUAAGUUGUGUCUAUUUUCAGACCUCAGCAGUUAGAUUCUUUUGGACAUGUUGAAUGCAAGAUUAGGAAGGACUUUUGAAAUGUUGGGUAUGUGCCGUGAAACCUUAUCGGGAGGAAUUUCCUGUGUUUAAUAAAGCAAUCAACGUAUUCUUAUAAGGGUUUAUCUGCUUAUUCUAUUUGUUUUUGUAUUUUUUAAAUGAAUGUAUUAUGUCGUGGAACAACCAGAUAAAACAGUACUCUUUGUGCAAAGCUCCUGUAAAAUCUGUGUAAGCGCCUAUGUUAUAUCGACACUUGAAUCACUACAAAUUUUCAAGCAAGAACGAACUUUCACUGUUAAAGUGAAAUUAAAUUUUCACACGGGUUUCACUUUUAAAGAACAUACGUGACAUUAGAAAUGACUUUUCUUAAUCAGUUAUUUACCGUUUAAUUGCGAAGAGAGACGAAAAUGACUGGCGACCACGCUCAGGUUCACGUAAAUCAAAACCAGUCAAUGUGCGUGAACGAAAACGGCGGGCACCAGGACCCAGUUUAUCCCGCCCCUAAAUUCGCCCAUAAUUUCUCCGGGCUACAGAAAUAAACAGGACGUGCUGUGUGACGUCACCAAGAGCGACGAGGGACGAUGUCUGGCAAGGAAGACUUGGCUGCCAUUUAUGGUAAUACCAAGAUGGAUGUCAAAGAGGAGACAUGUGAGGCUGACAUAAAGACCAUGGAGAUAGUGACUGUAACUAUUAAGGAGGAGGACUGUGAAUGGGAGUCUGCCCACCAUAAACAGGAAAGUUCAUGCAUUAAGCAUGGUGACCAUAAACCGCAGUCAGAAGACAUUAAAGAAGAGGCUGAGGAGAUGUCGGUCAGCAAUGAGAUGCACAAACAUAAAAUUAUAAGACGUGGUGGCCUCAAAAUGAGGUCUGAAUCAUCAAUGUCCAAGACAAAGAGAACUGAAGAAUUUGUAGAAGAUUGGCCAUCACCUUCAAAUCAGUCUGGCGAAAACACCCUGGAGAGUUGUAGCUUUUCUCCAUCUUUACCUGCUCAGACUUCCCUUCUGUUCCGACCACAACAGUCACUGCAUGAUGAAAAUUUGCUGAAAUUGACAUCUGGGUCACAGAGUUUAAUGCCCGUCUAUUCUCAUUUGAGUUCUAUCCAUGGUGUGACGUUAACAAACCCAGAUUCAAUUAACAGUCAAGAACAAGUGGAAAAUGCAACUUCAGGGGCUUUCUGUGACUGGCAAGAACAAAGGAAAAGUUUUAAAUGCAGAUCUAACAAAAGCAAUCAAUGGAACCAUACAGGACUAAAGUCAUAUUGCUGUUAUGAAUGUGGAAAACAGUUUUCACAAAGGAGCUCUCUUCAAAUCCACAUAAGAAUUCAUACUGGAGAGAAGCCAUAUUGCUGUUCUGAUUGUGGAAAACGAUUUUCAGACAGGGGAAAUUUUCAUACCCACACAAGAAUUCAUAUGGGAGAGAAGCCCUAUUCCUGCUCAGAAUGUGGCAAAAAAUUCUCUGAGAAGGGCGGCCUUCAUAAACAUUACAGAGUUCACACUGGAGAGAAGCCAUAUUGCUGUUCUGAAUGCGACAAACAGUUUUCCCAAAAAAGCUAUCUUGAAACUCACAAAAGAAUUCAUACUGGAGAGAAGCCAUAUUGUUGUUCUGACUGUGGGAAGCAAUUUUCAGACAGAGGCAAUUUCCAUACCCACACAAGAAUUCAUACAGGAGAGCGACCCUACUGCUGUUCACAAUGUGGCAAAAGAUUCUCUGAGAAGGACGAUCUUCAUAAGCACUCCAGAGUUCACACAGGAGACAAGCCAUAUUGCUGCAGUGAAUGUGGAAAAGAAUUCUCACAAAGUGGCAAUCUUCAGUAUCAUAAACAAAUUCACACUGGAGAUCAACCAUAUUUCUGUUCUGAAUGUGACAAAGGAUUUUCUGAAAGGGAACAUUUUCAGAAACAGGCCAGGGUUCACACUGGAGAGCAGGAAGCCAUGAAGGAGUAAGUUGUAAGGUAAAGAAUGAAGGAGCGGGGGAAGGUGUGAACUGUAACUGUCCUACCAACUCAAGUCUUGAUUAGUACCUUCAUGUAUAAUAUCAUAACAAAUCCCAUCAUGGUGAAUGUAGUCUUAUGGUGCGAAAAGGAUACAAAAAAGAAAUUCAUAUUUGCUUUACAUCACUCAAAAUAAAAAGGUGCCAACCCACUGCUUGUGCACUAGGGUGGGUGAUGGUGAUAGCAAUAACUAUAAGGCGAUGAAGAGAAGAGUACCUUCAAUGUGGUGUCAGAUCAGAUGGACAAGUGUUGCUGGCCUCACCACUGUGAAACGGAUUAGACCCCAAAUGGCACAGCUUGAGCAAGAGGACUGGACAUCAUGUAGUGGUCAAUUGAAGAUAAAGAGGAGAUCAUGAACUUAUACUUUUAUCCAAGUUGUCAUUUUGCUUGACUUCUCACUACAUUCAUAAUAGCUAACACGGUACAACACCCUAGUACUUCCAACAAAACCCAGAAAUUCUAUUAUAAAGUAUACUGUAUCCAAUGAGAACUUGUACAAAAUUGGAAUGUUAGAAAGUAGUUUUGAUUUUCAAUAUUAAAUGAGUUAACUGAUGCAAGCCUAAGAUCGCUUAUUGGAAUAAUUAAAAAGUAAAAUUAAAUUAUCAAAAUUAAAAUAUCUCCAAAAAAUAUCAAAGCAAGAAAUAAUACAAGAAAAAGGAGAGGAUUGAGAAACCAUGAGAACAGAACAGGCAGAGACUGAGAUGAAGGGAAGGGCAGGGACUUCAAAGAAGAAGCUGACAUUUGAAAAGAAAUUUACAGAUAAUAUACAAACAAUAAAAAGAGACGUUUUUGAGGAAUUAAGAAUGGAAAGAAGGCAGGUAAGGUAGACUGAAAGUGAAAUUAAGAGCAAUGUGCUAUACAAAAUGCCCAGCUGCCACAAGAGAAGUCUGCUCCAAAUGUAUAACAAGCCACAAACCCCUUCAGGAAAUUGAAAA